GUGGGAGAGAGCUUCAAAUUCCUCAGAGUUCCAAAACCUUAAACCCAAAUCUCUGAAAACCCUAAUUACUGUCUGCAAGCCCCUUUCUCUGUGGAAUGGGAAAGGGCCAACCAGAGCAACAGCAACCACGGAUUUCAGUGAAAGACACAGUGUACAAGCUACAACUCGCUCUCCUCGAAGGCAUCAAGACCCAAGACCACCUUUACUUGGCUGGCUCUAUUAUCUCUCGCUCCGACUACAAUGACGUCGUCACAGAGCGCACCAUAGCCAACCUCUGUGGCUACCCUCUCUGCUCCAAUGCCUUGCCUUCCGAAUGUUCUCGUCCCCGCAAGGGUCACUAUCGCAUUUCGCUCAAGGAGCACAAGGUCUACGACCUCCACGAGACCUACAUGUAUUGCUCCUCACGCUGUGUUAUCGAAAGCAAGGCUUUUGCUCAGAGUUUGAGCGAGGAGAGGUGCGAUGUCUUGGAUUUUGGAAAGGUUGAAAGGAUCUUGAGGGCUUUUGGGGAUGUAGGUUUUGAUAAAGGUGAAGUGGGUUUCGGGGAGAUUGGGGAUUUGGGGAUUUCUAAGUUGAAGAUUGAAGAGAAGGUUAAAACGGGUAUUGGGGACUUGGGGAUUUCUAGGUUGAAGAUUGAAGAAAAGAGUGAAACACAUAUAGGGGAUUUGGGCGCCGUUGGUCCAUCUAAUGCUAUUGAAGGCUAUGUUCCACAGAAAGAGAGGACAUCCAAGCCAUUGGGUUCCAAAAGGAACAAAGAAGGGUCCAAAGGUAAAGAUGCGAAGAUGAGCAGUGGGAUGGAUAUAAUUUUUAAUGAGAUGGAUUUCAUGAGUACUAUAAUCACUAGUGAUGAAUAUAGUGUGUCAAAAAUCCCGCCAAGUGAAGGGAAGCCUGAUUUUGAAACCAAGUUUAAAGAAUCAAAAGGAAAAGUUGGUCUUAACAAGAAUGAUUCUGUAAAGAAAUCCAGACAAUCAAAAAGGGGGAAAAAUAAGAAUGUCAAGAAAGAUGAUGUUUGCAAUCGAGAGGUGCCUUCGACCUCAGAUGCUUCACAAACUGUUUUGAAUGGAAGCACUAAAGAAGAAAAAGAGGAGUUCAUUGUUGAGAAGGCUGAGCAAUCAAGUGAGGCCUUGCUAAGAUCCUCUCUUAAACCUUCAGGGACAAAGAAACUUAAUCGUUCUGUUACUUGGGCUGACGAGACGAUUGAUAGCACUGGGAGCAGAAACCUUUGUGAGGUGAGAGAGAUGGAACAGAUAAUGGAAUACUCUGAUGCAUUUAGCAGUAUGCACAAACCUUCAGUGGAAAAUAAAGUUGGUUGCUCUAAUACCUGGUUUGAUGAGAAGAUUGAUAGCACGAAGAGUAAAAAUAUUUGCGAGGUGAGAGAAGUGCAAGAUGCUGAUGUUUUAGGGAGUUUGAACUUGCAAGAAAAUGAGAUUUUGGAAUCAGCAGAAGCCUGUGCCAUGGCAUUGAGCCAGGCAGCAGAAGCUGUUGCAUCUGGAGAAUCUGAUGUCAGUGGUGCUGUUUCAGGAGCUGGAAUUAUUAUAUUGCCACGUCCAGAUGGUUUGGAUGAAGAGGAGCCUACUGAGGAUGUUGAUAUGCUUGAACCAGAACAAGCUCCUCUGUGGCCAACAAAGCCUGGAAUUCCAUGUUCGGAUUUGUUUGACCCUGAGGAUUCAUGGUUUGAUGCUCCACCAGAGGGUUUCAGCUUAACCUUAUCACCUUUUGCAACAAUGUGGAAUUCACUCUUUACAUGGAUAACAUCUUCUACAUUAGCGUAUAUAUACGGGAGGGAUGAAAGUUUUCAUGAAGAAUUUCUCUCAGUUAAUGGGAGAGAAUAUCCUCCUAAGAUUGUCUUGGCUGGUGGUCGCUCUUCUGAAAUCAAGAAAACUCUGGACGAAUCUUUUGCUCGGGCUCUACCAGGAGUUGUUUCUGAACUCAGGCUUCCAACACCAAUAUCUAGUUUAGAGCAAGGAAUGGGCCGCAUGUUAAAUACAAUGUCCUUUAUUGAUGCGAUACCAGCAUUCAGAAUGAAACAGUGGCAAGUGAUUGUUCUUCUUUUCCUCGAGGGUCUCUCUGUUUGUAGGAUCCCUGCACUCACACCUCACAUGACAAAUAGAAGGAUGCUGUUUUACAAGGUGCUGGAGAACACCCAGAUAAGUGCAGAACAGUACGAGCUUAUGAAGGAUCUCAUAAUACCCCUUGGCCGAGCACCCCAAUUCUCAGCUCAGAGUGGUGCCUAAUGCCAAGGAACGUUGACUUCAAACGGUGUCAGCCUACAUGCCAUAUACGAGGCCUGAAGCCGUCUCUACACUUGCAGCCAGAAGAAAGACUUGAAGUCUAGAGCUUUGUACAUGUCUCUUGCAGCCAAAAGAAAGACUUGGAAGUCUGAAGCUUUGUACAUGUUUUCUGAAUAUUCAAAGGAACAAAAAUGUAUAAAACUGAGAGAUUUUUACAUACUGAAUUAUUUAAAUGUGUCAUUAUUGUGGGUCAAAUUGUUGAUGGAUUAGGAUAAGGAGUUAAUAUGACAGCACGACUUUGUGCUAGCCACAAUCUUGUUAGUC